UUCGCUGCUUGUAACGUACAGUUGGAUUGACACUUGAACAAUUAGUCAUUGAAUUUAGUACCAGUAUAUUCCGUCAAUUCUUCAGUAUUUGAUAUCCCACGAAAUAAUUUAAUUAAAGUUUUCGUUGGCAACUAGCUCAUAUCUGUGGUUGCGAGAAACAUUAUGUGAUGCGGCCCUUAUUGGUUUGCGCAUAUUUAUAACUUUUGAAAACAAAUAAAAUCUUGUGGGAUAUCAACACAAAUUUUCUUUUCAUUUUGCUAAUUUAAAUGCUAACAUCUUAAGAUGUAGUGCUGUUGAAGAUGUUUCAACUCUUUUCGUUAAAUUGGUGAUGAAUAUUAAAACUGUUUUUUCCUAAAAAAUUGUGUUUUUCUAAAUAUGUCUGAUUUUAGAUACCUAAUUAUGGAAUCAAAAUGAUUAGAAGAUAUGCAGUCAAUUACAAAGUUUUUCUCACCUAAGAAGAAUGAGGAUGAUUCAGAUUUUUCGUUAUCUAAAAACACUGGUAAGAUCAAAAAGAAUAGCAAAGACAGUCUUUUGAAAAUAGUUGACAAUGAAGUAGAGAAUAUCACUGGUUUGCUUUUUGAGACACUAAAUGGGGAUCUGGAUCACAAUGAAGAAAAAGAACAGGCAGACGAAAUUGCUCAAACAUCAGCUAUCAAAGUAACUGAUUCUAAAAUCCCUGAAACUGAAGAAAAUUCUGGGAAGCCUACAUCAUCUUGUAUUGAACAGAAUCAUUCAAAAGUGACUGCAGUCGAAAUCCUUGAAGAUAAAUCCCCAACACCGAACCGAACUAGAAGGUUUUCUUUCAACAUUAAAUCUCCCUCAAGGACCCCUCAAAAGGUUACCUGUUUAUUAUCGAGAUCAAAAAAAGAUGCCAUGGACACAUCCUUUGAUGAGGCACUUUCAAUAACUGUCAAUAAUUCCUGGGCCAACCCUAUAGAGGAUUCUGAUAUUGAAUCCACUCAUCCUAAAAAGAGGCUAAGAAAGGGCUCCUCAGCUUCUGAAUCUCCAAGCUCUCCCACAGUGGCCAAAUCACAUUCACUAAAGUUGGUAGCAAGGAAAUUGACGAUACCCUGUCUGCAACUUCCUUCAGCAUUUGCAAACCCUCUAAAAAAUAAAGAGUUCUACAACCUGAGACACAGUAUAAGCAACAGCAGACAGAAAAACUACGUCGUAAUGAAAAGAGCUUGCAACAAACAGAACCAGACAGUUUACUUUGAGAUCGAGAAGAUUCUAACUCACAAAAUGGGCUCUCAGUCAGAGAAGCAGUACAAGUUCCUGGUAAAAUGGUCUGACUUCAGUGAGAAGUACACGUCUUGGGAACCUGAGGAGCAUUUCAACUGCUCUCCUCAUUUGCUCCUCCAUUACAUUACCAACCUCCUGCUAACAGUAGACAAAAACAGCGCUAUUUGCGAGGAUUUGAAAGCUAUAAAAACGCGACUAAAGAAACGAACACAGAAGAUUUCCGCUAUAAAAUCACAGGUACAUCUGUGGCAGCUAAAUGCGGAAUUGUCUUCACAGGCACUUAAAGUGCAAUACAGGAGAUUGUUAAAACAGUACGCAAAUAAAGUUCAAGAGGAACUGGGCCCCUCUUUUCCCACUGUCGAGAUACUGAAUACGGUGGACUUCAACUUGCCGCCCCUGAACUUCACAUUUGUGCGAGAUAGGUUUGCUGGAAAAGGAGUUCAUAUAAGUGACGAUACACUCAUAGGUUGUGUCUGUUCAGGAGAGUACGGUGUUAAGGACUGCUGCUUGUCUCCUCACGUGGAGUGCUGCCCACAUUUAGGCGGGGCAGCUCUUCCCUACAACAAUAAAGGGAAGUUACUCCUGAAGCAAGGGUUCCCCAUAUACGAGUGUAACGCUCGCUGCUCCUGCGGACCCGACUGCGGAAACAGAAUCGUACAGAGAGGUACUCAAGUGAAAACAGCCAUCUACAAGACACCCGACAAGGGCUGGGGGCUCAAGACUCUGCAGAAUAUUCCGAAAGGGACUUUUGUAGUAGAGUACGUGGGGGAAGUUAUAACAUUUGACGAGGCUGAACAGCGUGGGAAAGAAUACGAUGCGCAAGGUCUAACAUACCUGUUCGAUUUGGAUUACCAGACAACUGAAGGAACGGAGGUGGACGAGGGGAUGUUCACUAUUGACGCGGCUUUCUACGGCAACACAAGUCACUUUAUAAAUCACAGUUGCGAUCCUAAUCUGGCGGUGUUCUCCUGCUGGAUUUCCAAUCUGGAUCUCAGAUUACCGCACAUUUGUUUGUUUGCUGUAAAAAGUAUCGCUGCUGGAGAAGAGCUGACAUUCAACUACCAGAUAGAUCGGAUAGUGGAGGAAGAUAACCGUGCCGCGCAGCGUCUCUCUGUAGAGUGCAGAUGUGGCACCAAGAAGUGUGUUCGCUAUUUGCAUGGUUAAGGGGGGCCAGCCUGGUUAAAUAUGUUAGAUCUAAGUGUGGGUUUCUAGUUUAAAUGCUCUUACCUGGGGACCCCAGGCUAUUAUGUUCAUAAACAUAAAUAGAGAUUCGGCGGAAUGACAGGCUGAGCCGCCCGGUAAAAAUGCUCUAGUAUUAAAAGUGUAUGAAGACAAUUACAAGUAUAUCUCUAAGCUAUAAGUUUGAGCUUUGAUGGUACAGUAAAACCCCGAUUUACCGCAAACCCCGAUUUACCGCAGCCAUCUCCAUUCCCCAAAUAGGGUUUAACAUGCAUAAUGUAAACAAACAAACAUCCGAUUUACCACAAACCUCGAUUUACCGCGGAUGUCUCCUUUCCUGGCUCUUACUAAUUCGCUCGCCUUAAAAUUAUCACGCGACUUUGGUUUUCAUGGUUUUGCAGCCGAACAAAACGGUUUUACAUAAACCCUUAUCUCAGCCAUAACCAUAACCUCCAUAACACUCACUUGUCACGUGACCAAAACAGUUUUGUUGCCCAUAACUCUCCGGGGAAGCAUUUUACCAUACGUCAUGAUCAUGGGGGGAUUCGGAAUCAGCGUCAAAAAAUACACCGAUUUCGAUUACUUUCAUACCCUUAGAUCCUUUUCACAAGAAUUUAAAAAAUUGAUGCGAGCGAUUUAGUUGGCACGCCCCUUUCCCCCAAACUCCGCGGUAAAUCGGGGUUAAACUGUAGUCAUACAUUAAGACUUGACAGCAAACCACGAGAAUCAGUUAAUUUUUAUCUAAUUAAAAUAACAGAUGCAAUUUUUUAAACAUUUUGAUGAAUUAGUUCAUUUAAAAAAAAUCGCCGUGUAUGUCUACAUUCUGCAAAAUGAUACAUAAAUUCUAUAGUCCAGUAAAAUGAUACAUUAGUUCUAUAUAUAUAUGCUAGCAAUCGCUAAUGAGCGAUUACUAGUGAUAAAUACAGUCUUAACUUUGCUAAAACACUUCUUAUGUUUUAAUUGAUUUCACUUCAGUGUCCCCCCUACCCCCUCCCAAAUUAGUGUCACUUCCUUUUUGGCUCACUCCUAGCCUUGUAUGAUCAAAGUAUAGUUGCAAUUAUUGUAAGUUGUAUUAAUAUUUAAAGAUAAAUUUCAGUUCUCG